AUGCCGAAUUACGUCCGGACUGGCUACAUGCGCGGAGGUUUCAUUGCUUCGAGAAGUGAGGUUGAACGAGGAGUUCGGCAGACCACAAUGGAGCAAGACGUCCAUUUGCCGUGCUUCCCCGCCCAAAGUAGUUCUCUUAUCGGGAAGCAUCUACCGAUACGAAUUGCCGAAGUCGAUGCUGGGGUCUUGUGGCUGAAAUUCGUCGUAACCUCAUGCAGCUUCCAAAGAGCCAACAACGCCAUCACUACCUCAAAUUAUGAGUUUACCGCCGAAAAGUCGCCCUCUAACAUGAAGGCAAGAAGACAAGCCAGACAUGUUGUCAAAGGUCUCUUCGUACCGUCCGAGACCCCGAGAGAAGGGGACGAAACCAUGCUAGACAUCCCAGCCAUAGCAUUUCGACAGCAGAUCACAACGCCUUCUCCUAUUGCCGUCAUCGCAUUACGAGGAAACCUCCAUAAUUUGUCACUAAUCCCUCAUCACCAUAACGCCGAAUCCCGGGAACGUAGUGCCCAUAUUUGGGGCUUAUGGAAUUAUACUUUAACUACAGCCACGGCGCCGACUCAUUUUAUUGUGAAUUUAAACAUGCAGUAG